CUUUUUUUUCCCUAGAGGAGAAGUGUGGACUCGUUUGGUUCGACAGUAUCAAUGCUAUCAAAUGAAGAAACAGAUUGCUGCCGCGGUGGUCCAGGUGUGUGUGGAUGCUCCCGCAGGUGUGUAUGUAUCACAGUUGUGGUCCUGUUCUUGCUGAUGAUCCUGGCAGCUGCAAUCGCAUGUACGGUUACCCUGGCACUGCCAUCACGCACUGCAGAGACUCGCACUUGUGUAACUUCAGAUAAUGUCAGUGGGUUCUUGUGUGAUGACAGGAUUACGUGUCUGCUACCGACACAAGUCUGUAACUCCCAUAACGACUGCGGCAGCGGUGAGGAUGAAGAAACCUCAUUAUGCAGUGACCUUCCCAAUAAUCUUCCAGGUUUCCUGAUCUUCCGUUGUGGGAAUCCAAAGAACUGGAUCUACAGUAACUUAAAGUGCAAUGGGAUCAAUAACUGUGGUGACUGCUCUGAUGAGUCUUCAACAUUGGCAUCAUGCCCGUCAUGUGGGUCUGCAUGGUGGCCAUGCACACCCGUCCUCUUCCAGUACUGUAACUGCAUCCCCAGCAGUCUGUGCCAGAAUGGAAUCCAGGACUGCACAGACUGGUCAGAUGAGUACCGCUGCACCAAGUGA